UUUUUAAAAUUGAAAUUGGUAUUAUUAUUGAGAAAAUCAGAAAAAAAUGAAACGGUGGAGAUUGUUUAGUGUUCUAAUUGGAAUAUUUAUGAUUAUUAUUUUAUUGGGUAAAUCAUGGUUUCUGAUAGCUUUAUUAUUUGAAAAUUUUGGAUUGGAAAGAAUACCAGAAUGGUCAAUUUUAUAUCCAGAUUUAUAUAAUAUAGAUAUAAAAAAAGAGGCAAUUCCAAGAAUUAUUCAUCAAACAUGGAAAAAUGAGACGAUUCCUGAUAAAUGGAAGGAAGCGUCAGAUAAAUGUAGAAAAAACCAUCCAAAUUAUGAAUAUAUGUUUUGGACAGAUGAAAAGGCACGUGAUUUUAUUGCAGAGAAAUAUACAUGGUUUCUUGAUCAAUAUGACAGAUAUCCAUAUAAUAUUCAACGUGUUGAUUCAUUUAGAUAUUUUGCACUUGUUCAUUAUGGUGGUAUAUACAUUGAUCUUGAUAUUGAAUGCCUUAAGCCCCUUGAUUCACUUCUUUCAUAUGGAGCAUGGCUUCGUGUAACAGAUCCUACUGGAAUUUCUAAUGAUGUUAUGGGUUCAGUCCCAUAUCAUCCUUUUUUUAUAUAUAUAAUUAAUCAUUUGAAAUCUUCAUCUGGAAAUUGGAUAUUUCCAUAUAUUACAGUUAUGGCGACAACUGGACCUUUAUUUCUUUCUGUUAUGCUUGAAAAGUAUAUGUAUUUUUUAUCAUCUGACGCUUUUGCUUUGGAACAUGUUCGUAUUAUCACAUCUAAUAUUUCAAAUAAAUUAUUUAAGAAUCUUCAUGGUAGUAGUUGGCAUCAAAAGGAUGCUUGGUUCUUCUUUUGGCUACAACGUUAUUGGGUUUUCUUGCUUAUUGCUUUCAUAGGAACAAUAUCUUUAUGUUCUCUUCUUUUUAUUAGAAGAAAACUAUAUCAAAACUCUAAUUACAAGAAAUUCAUACGUUUUUCUGAUGAUGAUUUGCCUUAACUUGGAUCUUUUACAUCUUUUAUAAAAUAAUAUAAGGAUUUCUCAA